CUAACGUUAAGAGAAGAUCCUUCCAAAAUUAGCACAUAACAUAAACAUCGACCUUCUCAGGAAACUCUAGCUAUCUCAAACAUCACACCACUAUUUUCGAAUCCUCUCAUAUUUUGACUGCAUAUAAAUUACAAAACUAUAUUUUCAUACUUUUAUUUUAGUCCCAUGCACACAGAACAGACCCUCUUAAAUUUCCUCUCUUUCUCUUUCUGUCUCUUCAAAAUCAAAACUAAAUCUAUUUUCUUUUCUUUCUUUGAAAUUGAAACCCCAGCAAACUACAACACUGUUUUUUUUUUUUUUGUUUUGUUUUGAAGGAUCUUCACAUUUUUUUUACUGUUGAGAGAACCUAAUGAAGCGAAUACGAGAGGAUCUUUUUGGUGGGAGUGCACAAUUUAAGCGGCCCUUUGGUACUUCUCGCGGGGAAUCCUAUGUGCAAUCAAAUCUGCCUGGGGCAGGAGGGGCUGUUGGCGGUGGCAGCAGUGGUGGCAAUGGAGGUGGAGGGAGAGGAGUGGUAGGAUUAGGAGCAGCGCCAGCAGCUGUGGGAGUUGGUGCAUCACCGAAACUUACAACAAAUGAUGCCUUGACCUAUCUCAAGGAGGUUAAGGACAUGUUUCAAGACCAAAGGGAAAAAUAUGAUUUGUUCCUAGAAGUCAUGAAAGAUUUCAAGGCUCAGAGAACCGACACUGCUGGUGUCAUUGCAAGGGUGAAGGAUUUGUUUAGAGGACACAACAACUUAAUUUUUGGAUUUAACACAUUCUUGCCAAAGGGAUAUGAAAUAACCCUUGAUGAGGACGAUGCUCCACCAAAGAAAACUGUUGAAUUUGAAGAAGCAAUCAGUUUUGUAAACAAGAUAAAGAAACGUUUCCAAAAUGAUGAACAUGUCUAUAAGUCAUUCUUGGAAAUUCUGAAUAUGUAUAGGAAAGAGCACAGAGAUAUAAAUGAGGUCUACAGCGAGGUUGCUGCACUUUUUGAGGACCACAUAGAUCUUCUCGAGGAAUUCACCAGAUUUUUACCGGAUACAUCUGCAACAUCUUUAACUUAUCAAGUACCACAUGCCCGAAAUUCAACACAGCGUGGCAAUGAACGAAGCUCUGGCAUUCCUGCUUUGCGGCAAAUGCAUGUGGACAAGCAAUGUCGUCAAGAUAGAUAUAUUAACUCCCAUGAUCGUGAUCUUGGUGUUGAUCACCCUGGGAUGGAGGGUGACAAAGUGGUGAUGAAAUUGCAAAAGGAGCAGAGGAAGCAUGCAGAAAAAGAAAAUAAUAGGAGAAACCAUGAUCAAGAUGAUAGAGAAACGGAGCACGAUAACCAUAGGGACUUUAACUCGCAACGUUUUUCUGACAAAAAGAAGCCCUCCAGGAAAGUUGAAGGUUUUGGAGCAAAUUCUAAUUUUGCUUCUUAUGAUGACAAAGACUCCUUGAAGAGUAUGUACAGCCAAGGGUUCAUUUUCUGCGACAAAGUUAAGGAGAAGUUGUGUUCAGAUGAUUACCAAGCAUUCUUAAAGUGUCUCCAUAUUUUUAACAAUGGAAUCAUCAAAAGGAAUGAUCUACAAAAUUUGGUUACUGAUUUACUUGGAAAGUAUCCAGAUCUUAUGGCUGAGUUCAAUCAUUUCUUUGAGCAUUGUGAGAAUAUUGAUGGGUUCCUCGCUGGUGUGAUGAGCAAAAAAUCACUGUCUAGUGAUGGGCGUGUAUCUAGGGCUUUGAAGGUAGAGGACAAAGAAAGAGAACAGAAACAAGAAAAUGAAGUAGCUAAAGAAAAUAGAUACAGGGAAAAGUAUUAUGCAAAAUCAAUUCAAGAGCUUGACCUUUCUAACUGUCAACGAUGUACACCAAGCUAUCGGCUUCUACCAGAUGAUUAUCCAAUACCUUCUGCUAGCCAGAGAUCAGAGCUUGGUGCUCAAGUGCUGAAUGAUCACUGGGUCUCUGUGACUUCAGGAAGUGAGGAUUACUCUUUUAAACAUAUGCGCAGAAACCAAUACGAAGAAAGCUUGUUCAGAUGUGAAGAUGACAGAUUUGAGCUGGAUAUGCUGUUAGAAUCUGUGAGCUCAACUGCUAAGCAUGCAGAAGAAUUGUUGACUCUCAUCAAUGAAAAUAAAAUCAAUCUGGAGGCCCCCUUCCAUAUAAAGGAAUACUUUAAUGCUCUAAAUUUAAGGUGCAUUGAGCGCUUGUAUUGUGAUCAUGGUCUUGAUGUGAUGGACAUAUUGCGCAAAAAUCCAGCUCUUGCUCUACCAGUUAUCUUAACUCGUCUGAAGCAGAAACAAGAUGAAUGGACUCGGUGUCGGUCUGAUUUUAACAAGGUCUGGUCUGAAAUAUAUGCAAAAAACCAUUACAAAUCACUUGAUCAUCGCAGUUUCUACUUCAAGCAGCAAGAUUCAAAGAACUUGAGCACAAAAUCUUUGGUGGCUGAAGUUAAGGAGCUGAGAGAGAAUAAGUUGGCAGAGCACAAUGUUCUUUCUGCUAUUGCUGCUGGUCACCAGCAACCUGUAAUUCCACACCUGGAAUAUGAAUACUCUGAUCUGAGCAUUCAUGAAGAUUUGUAUAAACUUAUUUGCUAUUCAUGUGAAGAGAUGUACUCAACCAAGGAACAGGUGAAUAAGGCUAUGAAGCUUUGGACUACCUUCUUGGAACCAAUGCUUGGUGUUCCAUCUCAACCUAAUGGUGUGGAUGGUGCUGAUAGUGUUGGAAAAGGUAGGCAUGCUACAAAUAACAGUGCUUCAAGCAUAGUGGAAAGUGAUGGAAGUCCUGUGCCCAAUAGUUGUCCUGGGCCUGAUGGUACAGUAGUGAAUUCCAUGCAACCAAAAUCUUCUGCCAACGUAAAUGAAGAUGAACACACUCCGGCGGAUUUAAAUAAUAUAAGUAGAACUAAUCUGGCUAACGGGAUUACUUUAGCCAAAGAAAGUUCUUUGGACUUGGAUCGUGUCUGUAGAGAUGAUCUGACCUCUAGUUCUCUUCAACAGGAGAAAGUGCGUAAGGAUGUAGAAAUUACAGAUAAAAAGUACGGAUAUAGCAUGCAGCUUACUUCUGGUGAACAAGCAGCAAAUUCCAAUGCAUCACUUGCAAUUGGUGCUGAAAAUAUUCAUGGCAGCACUGGUGUUGAAGUGACUUCAGGAUGUGGUGCAACUCAUUUUGGACAUGGUGAUGGUACUAGUGAGGAUCAUUUUGGACAUGGUGAUGGUACUAGUGAGGAUCAUAAACUCAGCUCUGCUGUUGAUGCAGUCCCUCCACCAGAGGGUGUUGAUCUUGCAAAACUAGCUUUAAUGGCGAAUGGAGUUUUUAGAGAUGGUGCUAAAGUUAGUAAAUAUUGUGAAGAAUCUGUUGGGCCUUCCAAAGUUGAAAAAGAAGAGGGUGAAUUAUCUCCUAAUGAUGAUUUUGAGGAGGAUAAUUUUGGUGUUUAUGGAGAUGCUGGUAUUAAGGCUAUGCCUACGGUGAAACAAGGUGUUGAAAGCAGGCAAUAUAAGGCUGGAAAUGAAGAAGGAUCACGUUCUCAGAAUGCCGGAAGAGAAAAUGAUGCAUAUGCUGAUGAUGAGAACAGUGAAAAUGCUUCUGAGGCUCGUGAUGAAGCCUCAGGUAGUGAGUCUGCAGGUGAUGAGUGCUUUAGGGAAGAGCAUGAAGAGGAGGAAGAUGCAGAACGUGAUGAAGCUGAUGAGAAGGCAGAGAGUGAAGGUGAAGCAGAUGGGUUGGCUGAUCAGCAUUUUGUGGGAGGAGACAGCACGUCAUUGCCAUUAUCAGAAUGUUUUCUUUUGUCAGUUAAACCUCUUGCAAAGUAUGUACCAGCAGCUUCACUUGAUGAAGACAGGAAAGGUUGUCAAGUUUUUUAUGGAAAUGAUGAUUUUUAUGUGCUUUUCAAGCUGCAUCAAACCCUAUAUGAAAGAAUUCAAUCAGCAAAGACGAAUUCAACAACUGCUGAAUUGAAACGGAGAGCUAAGGAUGCAAGUUGCCCAGAUCUUUAUGCUAGAUUCAUGACCGCACUGUACAACUUGCUUGAUGGAUCUUCUGAUAAUGCAAAGUUUGAGGAUGAAUGUCAAGCUAUUAUUGGAAAUCAAUCAUAUGUGUUAUUUACCUUAGACAAGUUACUAUAUAGAUUGUGUAAACAGCUUCAAACCGUUGCAGCUGAUGAGAUGGACAAUAAGCUCCUUCAACUGUAUGAGUAUGAAAAAUCGCGGAAACCUGGGAAGCUAAUUGAUUCGGUUUAUCAUGAAAAUGCCCGUGUCUUCCUUCAUGAGGAGAACAUAUAUCGAAUGAAAUUUUCAUCUUACCCAUCACGUUUGGCUAUCCAGCUGAUGGACAAUGUGAUUGAAAAGCCUGAGGGAUUUGCAGUUUCCAUGGAUCCUAAUUUUGCAGCUUAUCUGCUUAAUGAUUUUUUGUCGACCUUUCCUGGCAAGAAAGAGCCACAUGGCAUUGCACUCCAGAGAAACAAGCGGAAAUAUGCUAGCCUAAAUGAAUCCUCUGCUACAUGCAUGGCCAUGGAAGAUGUUCAAUUGGUUAAUGGUCUUGAAUGCAGGAUAGCUUGCAACUCUUACAAGAUCACGUAUGUUCUGGACACUGAAGAUUUCUUCUAUCGCAAGAGAAGAAGUACGUUGCGAACCAGAUCUUCAUAUCAAAAUCUCGCAAGAAUAGAAAGGUUUCACAGAUUUUUGUCCGCCUCAUAAAUUCUGAAAAUACUAAAAACAGACUGUUUCAUAUGCUUGUAGAAGUCUUCAAGGCAGUCAAAGCCCAGAAAGAGGCAAGCUCAAGUGGCACAACCUUCAUGUAUCAUCUUAUAAGAAGGGUGGUUCAGGAAUGUAGUAUACUUUGAUAAGGUUAUAAUAUAAGCGGCAUUGGAGCCAUUAUUAGCUGUAAAUAGGGCUGUACGAUAAUGGUAAUGACAAGGACAUUUUUUUAAAGAUA